AUGUUGACGCUGACGCAGAUGCUGUUGUUCACUGACAUCUCGUCCGCCAACACUGUUGGCCUCACUGCAACUGCUGACGACAGCGCCAAUGGACGGCUGACACAGCGCCGGUGCAAGCGCCGCGCCAGCUCUUGGCACUGCCCAGCAUCCUUUUGCCCAGCACACGGUGAGCAUCGUUGCGCCUGCCAUGGCGCCCACCGCGAACGUCAGCUUGCCCAACUGACGCCCAAGUUGCAGCACAGGCGCGCGAGCAUCAGCCAGGAGACGGCGACCAUCAAUAACCGUGAAACGCCCUGGAUGCGCCGCGAGAUGGAGCUUCAGGUGCAGCAGGACCGCAUUGAACAAGAUGCUGCGCAUCUCCUCCACAGGCAGCAGCAGCACUGGUACUGGCAGCAGCAGCAACACCAUUGGCAGCAACAGCAACACCAUUGGCAGCAACAGUGGCAACAGCAACAGCAACAGCGGCACUGGCAGCAAGCCAUCGUGUGGGCGCAGCAGAAGGUGGUGCGCCACCUCCCAGAGCGCGGCCUCAUCUGGGCCCCAUCGUCCCCAUCGUUCUUCACGAACAUUUUCCACCAAUUUUCCAUACAACAAGGAGGUUUGAUCACAGCAUCGUCGCACCUUCGAAGCAGGGCACAAACGAAGAAGAAAGCCAUGGACAAGAGCACGACGAGGACCAGCGCAACAGGCGUGCCAGAUGAGGCAACGGCACGUCUCCGCGCCAUCACAGUGGAAGCCAUCCAAACCCCAUCGCCGCCAACACCACCUCGCCCCGUUGGUGGCAGUGAGCCUGCUGAUGCGGUGCCGGCAGCGCAGCUGCAUUUCCGACGUCUCAACGCAGCACGCCAGCCGCAAGGUGAGAUCCGUACCACAACGAUGAUGGAGGCGAUUGUGGAGGCGAUGAUGGGAGGUAACCAAACAUCGUCCGUCCCAGACGUCACUGCCACCGCCAGCAACAACAGCAGCAUCACUGACAGCGGCAUCGGCAGUUACAGUAGCAUCAGCAACGACAGUGGCAGCACUGACAUCGUCAAUGACAGUGACGCAGCGACCGACACCAGCACGCAGGAAGAGCAGCAGCCACGCUUCCACGUGCUUGGAGAUGAAGAAGAACAGCGCAUCUCACACGCGCUCGCCAAUCAGCACCAGCAGCAGUAUGAUGGCCACCACUUCCGCCACCAUCGCAACCGCCGCCGCCAUCGUCACAGGCACCACCCGCGGACCCGUCCGUCCUUCGCCUCCAUGCACCCGGUCAUGGCCCAGGCCUUGAGCGGCAUGCGCGAGAUGUGGUCGCCAUGGCACCAGCACCAGCAGGAGGAGGAUACGCGCGACAACGUUGAUGGUGGAUACGAGGCCGAUGAGGAAGACGAAGACGUCAGCGACGACAGCGAUGAUGAUGAAGAGGAGGAGGAGCAGCAGCAGCAGCAGGGGACGAAAGAGCAGGAGUGA